AUGGCGCUCGCCAGCCUCACCAGAAACAGCGCAACUCCCAGGACCCCAUCGGGCCCACAGCGUCAGAUGACGCGAGCCCCAGCCGGAAGUGAAGGAAAAAGCGCUUCAGCCCGCGGCGCCUGCGCAGAAGGCUGUAGACGCUGUGAAGCAGGAGGCACUUGGGAUCGUCCGCAGGAUUGGGACUGCUACAGAGGCCGCCACGGAGCCCGCCGGAGCUACCGUUCCUCUUGCUGCUGCCGCCGCUGCCCGAAUCGGAACCGUCGGGCCGCAGCCGCCGGCAAUGCCGCGAAGGAAGGUUUGAACUUCGUGUUUUCAGCAUCACGGUUCGUUUUAUUUCCAGUGUUAAUACAAACCCACAGAGUAAAUGCUUCUGUGCUAAUGUCUGGAUCUAUGGUGUUACAGAGGAAUGCAGGCAGUAGUUCAGAUGGAACCGAAGAUUCCGAUUUUUCUACAGAUCUCGAGCACACAGACAGUUCAGAGAGCGAUGGCACAUCUCGGAGAUCUGCCCGAGUCACCCGCUCCUCAGCCCGGCUGAGCCAGAGUUCCCAAGAUUCCAGCCCUGUUCGAAAUUUGCAGUCUUUUGGCGCUGAGGAGCCUGUUUAUUCUACCAGGAGAGUGACCCGUAGUCAGCAGCAGCCUACCCCAGUGACUCCGAAAAAAUACCCACUUCGGCAGACUCGUUCGUCUGGCUCAGAAACUGAGCAAGUGGUUGACUUUUCAGAUAGAGAAACUAAAAAUACAGCUGAUCAUGAUGAGUCUCCACCUCGAACUCCAACUGGAAACGCACCUUCUUCUGAGUCUGACAUAGAUAUCUCCAGCCCCAAUGUGUCUCAUGAUGAGAGCAUUGCCAAGGACAUGUCCCUGAAAGACUCAGGCAGCGAUCUCUCUCAUCGCCCCAAGCGCCGUCGCUUCCAUGAAAGCUAUAACUUUAAUAUGAAGUGUCCUACACCAGGCUGUAACUCUCUAGGACAUCUUACAGGAAAACAUGAGAGACAUUUCUCCAUCUCAGGAUGCCCGCUCUAUCACAACCUCUCAGCUGACGAGUGCAAGGUGAGAGCACAGAGCCGGGAUAAGCAGAUAGAAGAAAGGAUGCUGUCCCACAGGCAAGAUGACAACAACAGGCAUGCAACCAGGCAUCAGGCACCAUCAGACAGGCAGCUGCGAUAUAAGGAAAAGGUUGCUGAACUCAGGAAGAAAAGAAAUUCGGGGCUGAGCAAAGAACAGAAGGAGAAAUAUUUGGAACACAGGCAGACCUACGGGAACACUCGGGAACCUCUCUUGGAAAACCUGACGAGCGAGUAUGACUUAGAUCUUUUCCGAAGAGCACAAGCCCGCGCUUCAGAGGACUUGGAGAAGUUAAGGCUGCAAGGCCAGAUCACAGAGGGGAGCAACAUGAUUAAAACAAUAGCUUUCGGUCGCUAUGAGCUUGAUACUUGGUACCAUUCUCCCUAUCCUGAAGAAUAUGCACGACUGGGACGGCUCUAUAUGUGUGAAUUCUGUUUAAAGUACAUGAAGAGCCAAACGAUACUCCGCCGACACAUGGCUAAGUGUGUGUGGAAACACCCACCUGGUGAUGAGAUAUAUCGCAAAGGUUCAAUAUCCGUGUUUGAAGUGGAUGGCAAGAAAAACAAGAUCUAUUGCCAAAACCUGUGCCUGUUGGCCAAGCUUUUUCUGGACCACAAAACAUUAUAUUACGAUGUGGAGCCCUUCCUGUUCUAUGUUAUGACAGAAGCGGACAACACUGGCUGUCACCUGAUUGGAUAUUUUUCCAAGGAGAAGAAUUCAUUCCUCAACUACAAUGUAUCCUGUAUCCUUACUAUGCCUCAGUACAUGAGGCAGGGCUAUGGCAAGAUGCUCAUUGAUUUCAGUUAUUUGCUUUCCAAAGUGGAAGAAAAAGUUGGGUCCCCAGAACGUCCCCUCUCAGAUCUGGGGCUCAUAAGCUAUCGCAGUUACUGGAAAGAAGUGCUUCUUCGUUACCUGCAUAAUUUCCAAGGCAAAGAGAUUUCUAUCAAAGAAAUUAGCCAGGAGACAGCUGUGAAUCCUGUGGACAUUGUCAGCACUCUGCAAGCCCUUCAGAUGCUCAAGUAUUGGAAAGGAAAACACCUAGUUUUAAAGAGACAGGACCUGAUUGAUGAGUGGAUAGCCAAAGAGGCCAAGAGAUCCAAUUCCAAUAAAACCAUGGAUCCCAGCUGUUUAAAAUGGACCCCUCCCAAGGGCACUUAAAGUGACCUCUUACUCUGAGCCAGCGAACCCCAGCAGUAGGAAUCCGUACCCUAGGGAUCUGUCUGUCAUUUCUGUUGCUCUUGUGAUUGGCAAGUACAGUAUCCUUUGGGAAGGCCAUCCCCCUCAGGACUGUCCUGGCUCCGACCUUCAUGUACACUGCAGACGCUGGUUCUGAGGAACUGUUGUUUCGGCCUCAGUGAGGUUGCCCGGAUGGGAUCUAUAUUAGACUUGAGUGCAGGUCCCUCAUAGCACUGACCCAAGGUGUUCUGUUUGGUACUGUACCUGUCCAGUCACCGGUUCUCUCCUCAUGUUCUCUAGCCCCAUGAGGUUGUGUUGUGUCUUCUAAACUUGUACUAGUGCUUCUUGCCGCCUGGUCGCCAGACCUCCAAAUAUAGUUCCACUGCCGGGACCUUUCCAGUUAUUCCUUACAUGUGUUUUUUGGACGGGCAGGGAAGAGGUAACACUUCUGAGUAUGUGUGCUGGGAGGGGUCCAUUCCUUUUGGAUUUCAUCUCACUUUAAAUAUUUUCCUCCAUUUUUAUGGAAAGACUUGUUUUGAUCAGUAUCAGGCUGACCAGAGCCAAAUACUUUUGAAGCUUCACCCAGGGAUUAGUCUUGAGAACAGCAUAUCAUCUAUCUGAAUGAGAUGGAGAGAGGGAAGAGGUGGUGAUUCUGUGCUGAGUUCACCUGUGGGCAGUGGGCCACUACUUGGUGGAAGGGAAUGGAUGCUUUUUGCCUCACCAGAAAGUGCCCAAUAGUAAAGGUUUUCUUCCCUCUUGACUCCAUGCCCCUUUUUAUGUUUGCAGGUGCCAAAAUAAUUUCCAGUUCUCCCUUUUAUGCUGCAUGUUAACUGGUUCAUUAACCGCAAAACCAUUUUCACCAGUACCAGUCUGAUAUGCACACCUUUACUUCCACAUAAGUUGCACUGAUUUUUGUCUGAACAUCCUCGGAGAAGUGGAAACUAAUUGAAAAGUAUCUCCACCCAUGACUCAACCAGGCAGAAGGGCCACCCCGCCAAGGUUUGCUUCUCUUCAACAGUGCCUCACCCUCCCUCUAGGCUAAAGUGCUUGUGCUCAUCCAAGAACUCCAUUUCCUUUUCGGGAUUUGCCACCAUCCCCCUCUCCUCUGAUCUCCUCUCUUUGGUGGUAUUUAAGUGAAGGAAGAAAUGCUCCCUCUAAUUUCUCUCUAGCCCAUUAUAACCUGCUAUUUUGGGGCAGCUUUUGAUGUAUGACAUGUCACCCUCCCCAACUUGAUCGCCUAUAACACUGCUGUCUUCAUGCGGAGCCCUCACCACAAUCCCGACUCUGGUCAUUUGUGCCUUUCUCUUGUCAUCGCUGUACACUACUUAAUAUUCACUGUGGGUUGGGGGGAGCUAAUUUUAAGCAUGUUCAAUGGCAGCUCCCUGCCAGUUUCAGUGUCACUGUUAAAAUUUAUCCAAAAGCAACUUCACUGGGGGUUUUCUUAAAGGGUAAAGGCCUUUUAUUGAAGCUAACCCUUCCCCACAUGGGGUAGAAUGUGCUGUUCUAUAUCUACUCAAUAAAGCAUGUUCUCUGCUUAAGUCUGUUUCACCCAGGAGCUCUUAUUACAAAGAUGGUGCAGUUCAUCUGCUACUAAUAGGAAAUGCACUUGGGAUCUGUUUUCUCUAACGGUAAACUAUCAAGGGAUGUGGUUUGUGGCUGUGGGAUAUCUUUUCUCUGUGAUGCAGCCUAUCUGCAGAGGGUAUGCUUACUCUGAACUUGUCCAGGUGGUGGAAUAAAUUCUCUGCCUUCCUUUGGUUCCAACUAAUAGGUAUGUGGAGCAAGGACUAGUCAGUAUUAUUCAUUUUUUCAUUAAGUUCAUUUUCCUCUGAUUUCAAGGGCAAAUGAAUCAGUAGGGAGUUAGGAUAGAUGGGCUACAAUUAAUUGAUGCUUGUGGGAAGGUGGGAAUAGGUGUAUCCCUCCUCAUCUCCAGGCUCAUUAGCCAAUAGUGAGCUGUAUCACUUCUCAUCAUUGACUCUCGGGUUGCCUGAUUCCUGAGAGUAGCUCUAUUUUCCUGCAGUGUUUACCCAGUGCAGGGGAAGGGAGGCUGGCCACUUAGCUCUAUGAUGGAAAGGAGGAGGGUGGGGUUUGUAUUUGCUGGGGUGGUUUUGCUCACCAUGGCCAGUAGUGGUGAGAACCCAUCCCUGCGGGCAGCUAAGGGUCCCCUCUGCAAAGUUAGAGUCCUGUGUGUCACUUAUGGGGGGUGGGAGGUGGCAGGAAGGGAAGCUUAAAUAAAAUGACGCUUAAUAUUUUUAUUAGUAUAUGAUGUGUGCCCAAAUCUCACUGUUCUAGAUAUUUGCAUCAAAGGGAAAUUAUGCUUUCACAUUUUGAGCCAAUUGAAGUCGGUAAUAUUGACCAUGGGCAUGGAAUGGUGAGAGGUCACGGCACCUGAAGCUUUGUGCACAGUCCCGGUCCCCAACCUCUACUGAUUGCCACCCCCCUUUCUUUACAUAAGGAUACAGUAAGUUCUCACUUAACAGCAAUAGGUUCUGCACCUUUAAGUGAAAUUAUGUUACCAAAACCAGUUGUACCAUAGCUAGUUGAUAUAAACAGAGUUAAGUUCCUGCCGCAUCUCGUCAACUUAUAACAAAAUGACAUUGAACGAAAUGGUGUUAUUCAAGGACCUACUGUAAAAGGAAGAUUUCUCUGGUUUAAAUCACAGGAACAGUGUUAAACUUUCUUGUCAACUUUCAGUAAAACGGUCUAUCCCUCUGACUCCUUUUUUAUCUGCACGAAAGAAUCUCAGCUGCUUAGGCUCCUUCAUUAGAAGAGCAAGUCUGGCGUUAUUCCUGGAUCCGGCUCCUGACUAAUCAUCCUCUCCUCGUUAGAUUUCCUUGCUUUAGCCACAGGCUCCCAUGCUUCUAGUGGCUUCCACUGCAGGGAAAAUAAUGGAACUGGUGAAAACUUUUGGACAAAGGAUUUUAGUUGAUUCUAUAAGCAGCAGGUGGGGGCCAGAGACCUAACCCAGGAAGGAAAAGCUGUGCCCAUUCUGGCUCUGCUGCUGAUUGAGGAAUAAACUGUUAGGUAAGCAUCGUCCCUUUACUUAGUGGUUUCCUUCAGUCCUCACACAUCACUGCAAGGUGGGUAUGCUAUCCCUUUUCCACAUGAGGAAAUUUGCGGCUCAGGUCUUGCUGCUGAGAUGCAGGAGCGGAAUGAGAGCCCUGCUUUUCAGACUCCAAGUUCCAUACUUGACAGUGCUAUCUGGUAGCCUCUGUCCCUGGCCUCCCAUUUCUCACCAGGGAAUAAUGAGUCAUUUAAUUUUUAACAUGGUGUACCCUUGAUAAAGCAAGAUGAUGCUUUGACUUGUCCUCAGCUUUGGUUUAUCUCUUUAGUUCUGGGCAGGCCUAGCUGGGGUUAGGAAUGUCCUCAAAUGAAGUUCAAGGUCAAGAUUGGAACUACAUAUGAAAAGCCAGUGUAGGGAAAUAGAUUACAGCUUGCUUACAGUACACAUUCCUUCUGGAAUCUGAAACAAGUGGGAAGUGGCUUUUUGGAUCUAAGUGACUUUCAGGGUGGUCCUACACAUGCCUGCCAAAUGACAUUAAAGAGACUUUAUGAGAGGUGCUAAGAUCAAGCACCUCAGCUCAGCAGUGAUCCUUGCUUUUGAAAAUAUAGGUAUUGAGUCUUCUUUAAAAUUCACAUAACGAAACUGCACACAUUUAUGUAUAGCUGAAAAAUUGAGCCCUUUCCUGGAUGGGGGUUAGGAUUUCAGGUCCCCUGGUUUGAGAAAGCAGGGAUCUGGCUUCCUGCCUGCCUUCACAAACCGAAAAACAGUUCUUGGUGUGUGCAGGCUCUGAUAACUCAUUCAGUGAGGGAAAAUGACGAGGGGGAGGCCUGGCUCGCUGGCUUUGAACAUUCGUUUCCUGCAGCCUUGCAGGUGCACAUAUGUAGAAAACUCUAUACCGGGGUUUUGCUUGUUAAUGAAAAACUACAUGUGAUGUGUGCUAGGAGUUGUAGAAUUUUAGAAACUAUUUUAGCUAUGCAUUGGGAUCAUGCAGUGACAGUUGGAUCACUGGUUUUACCUCAGCACUUUUUGAUACAAAUUCGUGUGACAUCCUCUUUCAGACUGCUUCCUAGUGUUGGGGGCAGUAUCUUUGCCUUUCUUUGUGGCAUCUUCAACAAUACCAAUAAACAUUACUAAGAAAGAAACAAA